GAAUAAGUGACGUGAGUGUUCGUUCGUUAAAAAAAUGAAGUUUUUCAGUGUUUUCUUGUUAAUGCUUGUAGCUGUGUGUUAUGUUAAGGCUGAAGAGUUAACCAAAGAGAAUGUCAUCGCCAUAGCAAUGGCUUGUAAAGACGAACAUGGAGCAUCGGAUGCUGACAUGGAAGCCUUCAAGGCUCAUGAGGGAGCUCUAACCAAAGAAGGAAAAUGUAUGGCGGCAUGUGUAAUGGAAAAGUUCGGAGUGCUGGUUGAAGGCAAAUUGGACAAAGAUAGAGCAAUUGAAGUGGGCACAGCCAUUUUCCAAGAGGAUGCUGAGAAGGCGACUGCUGUUGUGGAGGCUUGUGUUGAUUUAGAAGCUGAUGAGGAUCAUUGUGAAGCUGCUGUUCAAUAUGCCGCUUGUAUGAAGGAACAUGCAGCCUAAACUUACGAUCAGUUCAGCAUUGUGAAUAAAUAGCGGAUAGACGACCACCGGAAAUAUGAAUGGAUUUUAAGCAUUUUUUGUUUUAAACAGUGGACUAGUUACGUGUUUAGUUAGAUCGAUCAUGUCAACAUUUUAAGCUAAAAUAAAUAGUUAAUUGUAAGAAAGCAUAUACAAAUCAUUUUUGCCAACUGAGUAAGGCUUAUA